AUGCGGCUUACAAAGUGUGUCGUGAGGUUGGACAAUGUUCUGCUGGUCUUACAGGGCAUUCUAGCAUUGUCUGCUGCUCAAUCAGUCUCGACACUGCCCGAUGGUUGUUACCUUACCUCGUCCAUUGUCUAUGGGAACACGACCGCAUCAAGCACUGUCACUACCAGUGGGGGCCCGUCAACCAUAUCCACGAGUUCAGGAGCUUCAAUAUCAGGCUCUAGCAGUGUCGCCUCGUCAUUUUCCUCUUCGAGUGCGUCCUUCAAUCCCUCUAGUACAACGAGUCCCACGGUACCAACCACAACAAUCCCGUCUCCGACUUCAAACCCAUUCGUGAUCACUGUCAGUGGUAUCGGCGAUAAACUGAGAGCUCGUGCCCUGGACUAUGUGACGUUCAACGGUGGCAAUGCUUAUCUCUCUCCUGACGAAGAUGCUGCUACUAUUUUUGUUCUCACUGUGAAUGGCCACUUGAAACCCGGGAAUGGCGAUGUCGGCACCACCGGAAAUACCGGCACGUUGCCUCUCGUCCAGUUUUUUGAUUCGACUCAGCCGAGUGACUAUAGAUGGUCCCUCAACGGGACAAGAUUGAUGUUUGGAGAUACGACAUUCUCGGCGACUCCUAAUGCACGGCUAGAUCACAAGCACUGUUACUGCCAGUACCAUUACAAGCAUAAGCGAGCAACAAACGAGCGAGACUACGCAACAGACUGCCUUUACGACCAAUAUAGUCAGCUCGUCGCUCGCCAGCACGGAGUCAAACCCGUCCUCUGGCACCACUACGACGACGCCGACGACGACGGAAACAACUGCAGGUUCGUCACAAUCCACACAAUUGACAUCCACCAGCAUGAGUACCUCCUCGUCAUCGCCAACGCAAUCAGUCUCUGCGACUCUAGCGACUCAGUCUUCGGCACAACCUACAAGCUCGCCACCGACCUCAUCCUCUCAUCUAUCGUCUCUCUUAGCCACGAAGAGUAG